AUGGCACAGCAUGGGGUGGGAUGCGCCUGCUCCCACCGCCCGCUACGCCCCCAGCUGCUUCAUGAGCUCCGCCCUGCCCACAGCCAGUGCCUCCGGCAGCUUCUCCGGCUGCCUGCCCCCUGCCUGCGCAAAGUUGGGGCGCCCCCCUCCCCCUCCCCCACACACACGCGCCAUGGCGCCCGCCAGCUUGCCCGCAUUCACGCCCGCCUUCACCACCUGGGGGGACAUAUGGGCGAGGGAGAAGGGGACACGUGGGUGAGGCACGAGGAAGGGGACCCGUGGGUGAGGAAGGCAACACGGAAGGGCACAUGGGUUGGAGCAGGCAAGACGGAAGGGCACAUGGGUUGGAGCAGGCAACACGGAAGGGCACAUGGGUUGGAGCAGGCAACACGGAAGGGCACAUGGGUUGGAGCAGGCAACACGGACGGGCACAUGGGUUGGAGCAGGCAACGCACAUGGGUUGGAGCAGGCAACACGGACGGGCACAUGGGUUGGAGCAGGCAACACGGAAGGGCACAUGGGUUGGAGCAGGCAACACGGAAGGGCACAUGGGUUGGAGCAGGGCAACACGGACGGGCACAUGGGUUGGAGCAGGCAACACGGAAGGGCACCAUGGGUUGGAGCAGGCAACACGGACGGGCACAUGGGUUGGAGCAGGCAACACGGAAGGGCACAUGGGUUGGAGCAGGCAACACGGAAGGGCACAUGGGUUGGAGCAGGCAACACGGUACGGGCACAUGGGUUGGAGCAGGCAACACGGAAGGGCACAUGGGUUGGAGCAGGCAACGCUUGGGGGUGUGUGAGAAUGAAUGGUGCGCGGUGCAGAGGCUGCUGUGUGUGCAUGGGAUUCGGGAUGGAAGUGCAGGAGGUGGGGGGAGGAGCAGCGUGAGCAACCUGAGGAGGGGUGGAGGGGGAGGAGAGGGGGAGGGGGCGAGAGGGGGGGAAGGGAGGGAGCGGGGGAGGGGGGAUGUGGGGAAGAGGCUUAUUGACUCAAAGGGCAUCUGUUGUCACCACGUGAAGCUCCGCCCCCAGGCAACCCGUGAGAGACGGGGGGAGGGGGAGGAGGGGAUGGGCUUGCUGCGUUGGGUGGGAGCGUCACUUCCCCCACCUCACCUGCACCCCAUAGCCCCAACAGUCUCUGCCUGCCCCAGCAGCAGCUGGGAGCGCGCGCCACAGCCAGGUCGCCCCUUCAGGCUCUCCGCCUCGCUGCGGGGCACGCCCGCAGCUCCUCCUGCAGCACCGCCAAUCGCGCCGGCACCUCCUCCGCCUUCACAUGCUGCCCAACCCCGCCCCACAAUGGGAUUGGAAAGAAGGACGAAAGAGUCGGGUGCGUUGUAG